AGAAAACCGACAUGAAUAGAGAAAGAGAAUACAUAUGGACGACUAUUGAAACCGAUAUAAUACUGUAUUUUAUGUCUCUCUACAAAGUAGUGGGAUGAACGAAAAUAAAAAAUAUCAUAUAAUACGAAAAGGAAGGAGCAUUAAAAAGAAUAGUCAAAGACUCUUCUUAAGGAUGAGAAACGUGCAACAUAUUUGUUUUAGAGUAUAGCUGCCCAAAAAGAAAAGUAUUGGCACAAUUUUCCUUCGCUCCACUUCACCUACCCUUUCAACAUAGACCAUAUAGAAUUUCAUGCUCACUUGUUCAGCAAGGGCUGCUCUAAACUCUAAAGACUUGCCAUACCAAAAAGGAAUACUCCCACAUUGAAGAGGCAACUUCUUUGUUCCUACGUUCGACCAAUAUUUCACAUUAAAUACCCACCCGAAUUCUCAUUCUUUGCAUAUUCCCUUCUUUCAUCAUCCUCAUAUAGUUAUUGUCGCAUUUGCUAGCUCGUCUCAGUCGAUAUUCCUAAAGAAAAUUCAUUAACCAUUAUGGGGGUAAGCACAUACACAUUGGCCGAUUUCACCAGCCCCGUUGGUGCAGCUCGGUUGUUCCAUGCUCUGUCCAUUGACAGCCAUAACUUCUUGCCCAAGGUUGUCCCUCAUUUUGUUAAAUCUGUUGAGUUUGUUGAAGGUGAUUCCACUGUUGUUGGAUGUGUCAAAAUCAUCAACUUCCCUGAUGAGGCUCCAUACAAUUAUGUGAAAAACAGAGUAGAUAAGAUUGAUUCAAGUAAAUUUUACCUCAAGUAUACCAGCAUUGAAGGAGAUAUCUUUCCUGAUACAUUGGAGAGUGCUGUGUUUGAGAACAUAUACGAUUCGUCUGGCACCGGAACUCACUACAAGUUGGUGGCACACUAUCACAUGAAGGGAGAUAACUCGAUGGAUGAAGAUGAAAUUACAACUGCCAAACAAGGAAUACAGCUCAUGUUCAAAGCUGUUGAAGAGUAUCUCAUUGCUAACCCCCAACUCUAUGCUUGAGCUACUUUCACUCCAUGAAAAUCCAUCCGAGUUAAUAUUGAUUAUUUAUUCAAGUCUUUUAUGCAACCAAAAAUGAUUCUAUUAUUUCCUAUGUAGUGUGUAUUUUUUUCAUUUUAUUGGUGAAUUGGAAAAAACAAUAAUGUGUGAGAAUCACAUAGUUGUCUUGUAUUAAAUGAAAUGUAAGAUUUAUGUUUGCCUUGAUAUACGAGCCGCGUUAUUUUUGAAGCACAUGGCCUAAGAUUUAUAGUUCUUUGGUUUUAGAUUAUGAUGGACUACAGUAAAAUGACUCAUUAAAUCAUGUGCACUAUAUAUUUAUGUGAAGUUGCACAUGAUGUAAUCACGAACAAGGAUAAGGUUGCAUACAUUCGACCCCAAACCCCGCCCUAGAUGGAGUCAGUCAAUGACAUUGAAAUAAUGAUUAAUGAAAAAGAAAGGUUAUUCUUAAAGCACAUAUUGAAUUCAGAUCAUCAAACAAAAAUUCAAAGAAGUUUUAUCUGGAAUGGGAACAGAAUAGUAG